AGAAAAUCAGCUGUGUGUACAUCUGUAUGGUAAACAGUCCCUUAAUAAUAGCAUUAAAUGGAGUCAACUGCCAUAGCUAGUGAGCAAGGCAUUGCUGCUACCAGAAAGGAAAAAAAAAAAAAGUAAAACAUUAUGCCCGCCCGAAAACAGUCAGUGCUUCUUUUCACGCUAACAACCGGAAUGGCAGACGAAGAUCAAAUCAAAGUUGGUAACGCCUCUAAAGGUAGCGUUGCUUCUGAGCCACCAAAAGAAACAGGGCCUACUCGAGGACCAGGUAUCAUGCUCAGAACAUUUCAACCCUCGGAUCUACCUUAUGCAAAGCAUAUUUAUUAUAGUACUUACUUUGGGCAGGUGCCUCAAGGUGUCAAGUCCAAGCUAUUGCACCCUCUUACAUGGGCUUUGUUCAUUGGAUCUUACGCUUACUUAUUAGCACUUGUGCCAAUUGUCAUCUCUGAUAUGAAUUUCCCUUGGUGGACAGGACCAGCCCUUCGCAUAUUCAUAACCUUUGCAUGGACAGUUUUGUCCUUUGCCGGUUUGUUUGUCUACACUGAUCGUAAGGAGGCAGUAGAUGGCAUUGAAGAUGCCAUGUGCAACGAUAUGAAGGAUAUUGAAGAAUACUAUCUCGGAUGGAACAAGGAAGAGCGAGUAGUGGAGGACGACAAAGACUUCCAUAGUUCAAAGGCGGUUGAGGGCGGUAAAAAGGUUACCUUUGACAAGAGCUCCAAGGCUGCCACCGAGGUCAUCAGGACAAGAAAGCCCGACGAAGAACGCACUGCCUCUCAGUUUUGGGUUCUCACUAUCAACUCCAUUCCAUCUGCUACUGUUGCCAUCGAUCAGCAUCAUGAUAUUGUAUAUAAUGCUAGGGGAGUUAUGCUAGCACCUUGGAAGCAGGCAGGUCAGUUUCUUUGCCGCCGGUAUCAUUUGUCCAUUCCCAAAUUUCUGGAGGGACCAGCCGUCCCCAAGCAAGCUGUAUUGUUCCCUGCUCACAAGAAGAACGAGGCUAGCCUUCAGAGACUGGCUAUCCAAGGAGAAUAUCAAGGUUUUGGACUGUCGAAUAUCCUCAUCAGUAGAGCUAUGAUGUGGGCAAAUGAGCACAACAUCGAAGUCGUCUACGCCACUGUCAAUCAAAUGCAAAAACCUGCACAGAAUAUCUUGAAGAACAAGCACGGCUUCCGACAAAUAUCUCGCAAGAGUACAGGAUGGUUUGGUCAAUAUGAAAUGGUACUUCAAUGCAACGUGAAGGAUUGGGUAGAAAAAUAUGAAAAAGACCUGAAAGAAAAGGAAGAAAGUGAAAAGCAACUCAAAGAGGAGCAAUCCAGUAAAGAACAGUGAUGUUGUACAUAUAUCGUUUGUAUGUAAUUACGAAAUAAAUGAGAAAAAAAUAUUUUUCUAUGUAACUAUAUGUAGAUCUCCUUG